GGCUUGCCAUCUUUGACUGGCUAACACAUGGCAGUGGAUUCAUUCACGCCACCUCUGAGUGCGCACAAUGCUCAGGGCGGCACGGCAGACCAGGAUGAUCCCUUCCUGUGGGACACAGAGACCCUCUCAAGGGAGCUUUGCUCCAAAGGCCGCCCUUGGCUCAAGCAUCCGGAUGCCUUAGCCGCGAAGCUGGCGGAAGAAGAAGUUGACGGUUCCACGCUGCUUACUUACGAGUUUCUGUUAUCAAGAAAAGAGCUGCAGGAAUGCCUCGGCAUAACCACUGCCCGUGCCAAGGCAGGUCUGGCAGAGGCCGUUCUCAACUUCCAGGCCAAAAGCAAAGCCUUUCGCUCCUGGAAGAGGAAUUGGCUCAGAAACCAAUCCCAGCUCGCAUCCGAUGAUGACGAGAAGGAUAAAGAUAUCAAGAAUGAGCCACCCCCUGCCUCUGUUGCGCCCCGGUAUCCGGGCUCAGCGCCAAAGGAAAGCGUUUCUCGCAGUCCGGAUCGGCGUGAAACCAAUAAAUCUGAUGAAGCACACCCGGAACUUCAUCAGGCCGCUGCGUCUGUUACAUCUAUCAACGGCACUUUAUCGCCUCGACGCGGACCUAGCAAUGACCAACCGCCUGCUCUGAGAGACGAAGAACGGACUCCUAAGCGCAGGCGUCUAGCACCAACGAAUCUCAGCACGAAACCUCUCUCUGGCUUGAAUAUCCUUUCUCUCAGGAGAACCGGUUCCCUGAACCUGGUAGAUACAGCCCGAAAUCGGAGCAACGACGAUGGAACCUCUCACGCAGGCGCCCCUCCAGAAUAUGCCUAUCCAGGCAGUAAAGGUCGCCAUAGGAGAACCGUGCUGUCUCAUUUUGCCACCCCAGAUAGCCCUUGGUCAGACCUAAAUGGGGUUAAUUUUACGGUUUUGCCUGGGGAGUAUAUCGUGCCACCCGGACAGAGCAUUAUCACCAAUAGCUUGAUGAAACAGCAUCUGCUUCCAAGUAUUCAGAAGAAAGCGGCCCUCAGGCGGGCCACUUUCCUUGAUGGAACAUCAGUCUAUUCUGACGGAAGUGAAGAGGUCCUCGAUCUUGAUGACCUGCCGGAUUCUUGGGACGAAGAGACGCAGCGAGAGAUUGAUGAGGAAAAGGCGGAGAAAGCUGCAAUGGAGCUUGAACUUGCCCGCAACAUCCCCAUCGAGCGCGUGGAGUCUAUUCUGAAAGAUGAAAUGGCCCUCAUGAAAACCAAGUGGAUCGAAAACAAACUGCCCAAGUACCAACGCAAAGCCUACCGGCUCUGGAUGGCGGCCAAGCGGAAUCAGAGGACGAAGAAAGAGCAGAUAUUCAGAGAGCAGAGAGACGCCGAGCAUUACGACCGACAAAUCAAAAAGCUCUAUGCCGAGAUCAUCGCAAAUACUUGGCAAACGGAACGCGAACUUCGAACGCAAGCCUGCGUCAUGGAACAGAGUUUGAGUAACAAACUCUACAGCACAUGGCUCAUUGAGCUUCUCGAAAAGCGUGAAGCCCCUCCAAAGCCGUUGGACGUGCCCAAGCCGAAAGCCAAGCGACCGGCACCAAAGAUGCCCCGGCAUCCUUUCGAUGACGAAGUGUUGACUAGCUCCGACGAAGAAGAUUUCAUCGUGCCUGAUGAAGAUGGCGACAGCGACGACGUGAUCAUGAUUGAUGAGGGAGAGUUCUUUCGAGGCGCUCUUGGCUCACCAGUGCUACAGCCUACUAGUGACCUGAGCCAUGCACUGUCUGACGCUGAAUCUUGCAUGAAGCUCGACCUCUCGGGCCUUGAGUCUCCAGAACAGCUCCGGGAUAGUAAGGCGACAGCAGAAUAUAUUGAUCUGAUCUCUCCUACGAAAUCCGCAGAUGGCAGGGCUUCUGACCUCAAGGCAGGUCAACCGGCGUCAUCAUCCGAUAUGCUUGGAGAGGUGCCACUUAUGGAUCAGCUGGGGAGCCUGGAGAUGAUAGCCCAGCAUCCUCCACAGCAUUGGGCAAGGCAAAAGGAUCGUUGGAGACUGCUCCUGUGUCUGCUAUGGAAACUUCCACAGACUCGUCGCGAAUGGAUCUUUCGAUUUAUGGAAGACAAGACGUCGGCCGAUGCCUGGCAGGAUUCAGUGCGGCUGUACCAGAGGAUUCCCUUUGCCCAAGAAUCGGACAUCGGAAGAGAAGAAAGAGAGACUGUUGCAUUUGACAUCACAAAGCUCUUCCUGAGCUGCACACAAUGCCGCCACUACACAGAUGUCCGGGUCAUGGUUCUGGACAGAAAGGAUAACAACAGGAUCAAACGUGCAGAGCACUGGGCGCCUCGAUUCCCUCAGAGCAGCCAAAUCUUCAGAACCGACGCCUUCGACGACGAACUCGGACUGGAUGAGUCCGAAGACAGUCAGCUUAGCUCGACCGAAUCACCCUCAAAGAUGCGCAAACACACCGCUCGAGAGAUUGUACAGAACAAGGAGGGCGUUGACCUCCGAGAACGCGAGAAGAGGCGAGCGGAGGAGCUGGAGGCUCGCCGGGUCAAAUUGCGGGCUGCGCUGGCGACUUCCAACGCCAUCUCGUCGGAUAAGUCUCGACUCAUCAUCAACGAAAGCAAGCAGGAUGGCCAGUCAUUCAUCUAUGUGAAUGAAGAGAUUGGGAGACGCAUAAAAGACCAUCAGAUCAACGGAGUCCGGUUCCUAUGGAAUCAAAUCAUCGUUGACGCAGAGACGCGCCAGGGCUGUCUUCUUGCUCACACGAUGGGCUUAGGGAAGACAAUGCAGGUCAUCACCUUUCUCGUGGCGGUGCUUGAGGCUGCAAACUCCCCCGACGAGUCCAUACGAGCCCAGAUACCAAUGGACCUGAGGAGAUCCCAGGCAGUCAUCCUCUGCCCAGCUGGAUUGGUCGACAACUGGCUUGACGAGAUAUUGAUGUGGUCGCCCAGAGGCCUGCUCGGCAAUGUGCUCAAAUACGAGUCAGCCCUGAAAGGGGACGAUGUACGCCUGUCCGUCAUCAAGGACUGGGAGCGAGACGGCGGCGUCAUAGUCAUGGGCCAUACAAUGUUCUGGAAGUUGGCUGCCAGCGUACGGGAGAUACUGACACGAGCGGCCAACCUUGUCAUCUGCGACGAGGCCCAUGCAAUGAAGAGCGCCGGAUCGCAGCUUCAUUUAACAUGCCAAGAGUUUCGCACUAGAAGUCGAAUCGCCUUGACUGGCUCCCCACUGUCGAACAAUGUCCAAGAGUACUACUCGAUGAUCAACUGGGUGGCGCCCAAUUUCCUCGGCCCUCUCCAGGAAUUUCGUGAAAUCUACGCGAACCCGAUCGAGCAUGGCCUGUGGAAGGACAGCGCUGGGUAUGAGAAACGAAGGGCUUUGAAACUGCUGGAGGUGCUCAAGAUGAACGUCGCACCGAAAGUGCAGCGAGCCACCACCCAGGUUGUCAGACACGAGCUGCCCGCCAAAUAUGAAUUCGUCAUCUUUGUUGAGGCAACGCCCCUCCAGAAGCGGCUCUACGACAUUUACCUAACCGGAAUGGCAUCAACUCUGGAGAAUACAAAGUCAAUGAGGAUAAUUGGCGCUUCCCAACACCUCGCGCUUAUUUGCAACCACCCCCAAUGCUUCAGGCAGAAGGCGGUGGAGGUGUUAAGAGCUCCAGCAGCGCCGCAGCCGCGAAAGCGCGGUAGGAGGGACGACGACGGAGAUGGAGGGACGGUCACCGCGGCAAUUUUCCCCCGGAGCAUGAUCUCGACUGUUCUUAAGGAGACGAUAGGGGACAUUGCCAACCCUACUCUGUCGCGAAAGGUUGAGCUUCUCCUCAUGAUUCUGGAUGAGGCACGUGCCAUAAAAGACAAGGUCCUUGUAUUCAGCCACUCGAUCCUUACCUUGGAUUAUCUGGAGGAGCUGUUUAAACAGCAGAGGCGUGCCGUGUGCCGCCUGGACGGUUCAACGGCCGUUGGCAAACGUCAAGAGCAGAUCAAAGCCUUCAAUACAGGAGAUUCAGAGAUCUAUCUCAUCUCGACAAAGGCCGGCGGCGUGGGCCUCAACAUCUACGGGGCUAAUCGCGUCAUCAUCUUCGAUUUCAGGUGGAAUCCGGUGUUUGAGCAGCAAGCGGUAGGACGAGCGUACCGGUUUGGGCAGGAAAAGACGGUAUAUGUCUAUCAAUUCGUGACCUCAGGUGCCUUUGAAGAGCAAUUGCAAAACAAGAACGUCUUCAAGAUGCAGCUGGCGUCGCGCGUCGUGGACAAGAAGAAUCCCGCCAUCUUCGCCAGCAGAAUCAACGGGCUACUUCGCCCCAUAAACACGAAGCCGGCAAAAGACCUAAGCCCCUUUGUAGGCCGUGAUAGGAUACUAGACAAGCUCAUUGAGUACGCGCAGCCUCACGGGAUCAUCAGGGAAAUCAUUUCGACAGAUACCUUUGAAGAGGAAGAUCCGACCAACGAACUGACAGUCGAGGAACGAAAAGAUGCCCAGGAACUCCACGACAUGGAGCGGCUGAAAAAUACCGAUCCGGUGAGGUACAGGCAGAUGCGGGAUCAAAGGCAUCGGAAUGAACAAAUUCGAGCCAUGGCCGAGGCCAGCAGAGCUACUACGACCCCUUCGUAUACUCCAAGGCCGAUGCAGCAUCCGUACAUACCGUCGUCGAGUGCGCCAGCUACUGUCAUUCCAAGCAACGGGCCCUUCACUAAAAUACCCGUAAUUAAGGCGCAGAGCACUCCCAAUUUCCCAUCUUCGGCUCCGAUGCCCAUAGCCGGGGCAAACACCUACAUCCUGAAGUCUAAUGAUUAUGUCUUCCAGCCGCCGGCAACACCUGCAAAUAUGCAAGCAAGGGACGCAGUACCGAGAUGGAAUUCUGGGCCACCAGCCCCUGGGCAGCCAAUCUCCGGGCAGCCGAAUCAUGGACAGCCAACUCCCGCACAGUCAACUACCGGACAAGCAACUCCUAGACAGCAAACCCCAAGAGCUGAGACGGAAUCGACGCUGACGGGCGCGAGCCUUGUUACGUCGCCAAGCGGGAGACCGUCUAUAUUCAGUCAACCUCGGAGUCAAGCUAAGGACGAGUUCCAGAUUGAACUGGCCAGAUUGAUCGCAGACCAACCGGUCUUUGCGUCAGACAGUUCGGGAUUGGCAGAAAGGGUUACAGCGGCAAUUGCUGAAGCCCAGAGGAAACAAGCCAUGGGCUUUCUCCCUGACAAUGCCCGAUGGCGCUUGCUGCUCAGCCAUAUACAAAAGCAUCCGCGGUUUGUGCUUGCGAUACUAAUGGGCAACUGUACGCCCGACUACCUAGUCUCAGCGCCAGACGAUGAGAUUGAAACGAGAAUCUCCGUCAUGAACGAUGAAUCCGAGGUCAGUUUCUCGUGCCGGCUAAAGCGCAGUACUGCGCCCCCUGACCCAAGUAACUUGAACAACAUCAAUAGGCCGCUGUCACAGUCGUCACCUCGAGCUAGCGAAGACGUCCAAGUGAUGCGGCGGGCAGCGGAGAAGAGAUCGGAUCGCCGGUUUCGGCUACCAGCUUGGGGAUACGAUGCUCUUUCCAAGCUCAACGGCCCCAAUGCGAAUCCUACAAAUCCGUGA